AUGAGCGGCGUCAUCAGUAAUGAUCGUGGUCCCGUCUGUAUUCGUGAUCUGCGAGUGCAAGAUGAACGUCCUACUGGAUGUCCUCCUCACUUAAUCAGUAACUCAUUCAAAUCCCAGUUUCUGAACUGUAGCUGUCCAUUUAAUGUGGACAAUAACGAAUCUGUGUCCAAGGUUCCACAGUUUCCAACACUUGAGUUGGUUGGGACGGAACCGAGUUCUCAAGCACCAGCUCUAUCGUUACCGAUCAUCAGCUCCUGUGAUAAUUUCGUAUGCCUGAACAACGGAACUUGUGUUAUCAAUCAGAAGGGAUCGGCGGCAUGUCUUUGUCAGAGUGGUUUUACUGGAACUGCUUGUGAAGUGGACCUGUGCUCGGAAUCACUCUGUCAAAACGGUGGCAACUGUCGGACAAAUGGAGGACAAGUCUACUGCGAGUGUCCACCUGCCCUUACUGGUGUUGUGUGCGAAUCGGUUCGAGCUGAUGGAGCUCUAAUUCUAGAUAACCAUGCAAUUUAA